UCACGUGGUUGUAUGGGUGUUUGCAGUAUGUCUGCCUCCAUGGAAGCAAUGCUGCUGUAAUCUCUAUCGAGGAUUAAUAUCGUGUGCAAGAAUUUUCAGAAGCAUUAAGAUAAUUUUGUGUGAAAACGCGAAGGUAUUGGCAUCAUGAAGACGUUUUGCGGUCGUGCGAAUGCUACAACUGGCGCUCUUGACUGGGUAGAGGAAAGUGAAGAAUAUGAUUAUCAUCAAGAGAUUGCGAGGUCAUCUUACGCAGACAUGUUACAUGACAGGGACCGAAACGUGAAGUACUACCAGGGCAUUAAAGCUGCAGUUCAGAGGGUUAAGGAUCGUGGGGAGAAGGUUGUUGUCCUCGACAUUGGCACUGGAACCGGUCUGCUGUCCAUGAUGGCCGUCACUGCUGGAGCGGAUUACUGCUAUGCAGUCGAGGUCUUCAAACCCAUGGCUGAUACUGCUGUCACAAUUGUGAAGAAAAAUGGAUUUGCUGACAAAAUCAAGAUUAUCAAUAAACACUCCACUGAAGUCACAGUAGGCCCAGACGGAGACAUGCUCUCUAGAGCCAAUGUCCUUGUCACUGAGCUGUUCGAUACAGAACUGAUCGGAGAGGGAGCCUUGCCCAGCUAUGAACAUGCCCAUAUGCACCUGGUCCAGAGAGGCUGCGAGGCGGUGCCCCACCGUGCCACAGUAUACUCCCAGCUGGUGGAGUCUGAGAGGCUGUGGAGCUGGACGCAGUUGCAGCCCAUCGAGGUGGACGAUGACAACAGACUGAUGCCUCCUCCAGCUAUGGGUUGCUGCGCAGGAGCGCCCUCUGUCUGUGACAUUCAGCUCAGCCAGGUGACUCCACAGUCCUUCACGGCACUUGGACCUCUCUGCACCAUGUUCACUGUGGACUUCAGCCAGCCUGUCAGCAGCGCCUCACAAUCCUAUUCAUCCAAGUUCCAGGUCCUGGCCAGCGGACGAGCACAGGUGGUCCUGUCCUGGUGGGACAUAGACAUGGACCCUGAGGGCAGCAUUGUGUGCUCCAUGGCCCCCAGUUGGAGCUACGCAGACCCUAAGGACUGUCCUUGGCGGGAUCACUGGAUGCAGAGUGUCUACUUCCUCCCAGCUGAGAUGGGCGUGAGGGAGGGGGAGGAGGUUAGUCUCACUGUGAGCCAUGAUGACUACAGCCUCUGGUAUGGCCUCUCAAGCAGCCAACAGGUCAGUGUGGAGAUAUCACUGGAUCGGCCAAUGUGCACCUGCCAGGCCCACCUCGUAUGGACACGAGCUCGCUUUGGAGAACUGAAUGACAGACACAGAAACGAGAGCUAUAUCAACGCUCUCCGAAGUGUGUUAAAACCUGACAGUGUUUGUCUUGGAGUGAGUGAUGGGAGUCUGCUUCCAGUUAUUGCUUCCAUUCUUGGCGCUCAAAAGGUGUUCACUAUUGAAAACUCUGGAAUGUCCCGUCAAGUGAUAGCACAGGUCCUAGAGUGCAACUCCCUGAAGGGCAAGCUCCGGUUGCUAGGGAUGCGACCUGAGCAGGUUACAACGGCUGACCUGGAGGGGCAACAGGUGUCAGUGCUGAUGGGUGAGCCGUACUUCGGCACCAGUCUGUUGCCCUGGCAUUCUCUGUUCUUCUGGUACUGCCGCACUGCUUUAGCCCAAGUGCUCCAACCCAACGCCACCAUCCUGCCCAGUUCUGCCACACUCUACAUGAUGGGAGUCGAGUUUCGGGACCUGUGGAGAAUAAGGGCCCCCUGUGGUUCCUGUGAGGGCUUUGAUGUGACGUCCAUGGAUGAUAUGGUCCAGCAAUCCUUGGAUUUCCGUGAGUCACGAGAGGCAGAACCACACCCUCUGUGGGAGUACCCUUGUCGUGCCCUAACUGAGCCGUGUCCCGUCAUGACCUUUGACUUCAAGCAGUGUGUUCCUCAGCAACCAAUCUGCAGCAAGGGAUCAGUACCGCUUCUGAGGAAAGGAUGCUGCCAUGGGGUUGCUCUAUGGAUGGAUUUCCAACUGACAAGUGAUGUCAACCUUAGCAUGGGCUUGAUGGAACCAGUCAGUCAAGAGGGUGCCUGUGAAUGGAGUCCCCAUAGAAAGCAGGGUGUAUACUUUUUAAAGUCACCAUGGGAGAGCUCAGGAGAUGGGAGGGCCGCAGUGUCCUACGACCUGACCUUCGAUCCUAGCCUCGGAGACAUCAAGAUGGACUUCUCUAUUGCCUCACCUUAACAGCCCCACAGGGCCCAGCCCUGAAGUGUACGAACUGCAAAGUCUUAUUGUGAUAACACAGAUAUCUCUACCAAAGAUUUUCAUCAAGAUUUCUUACAUUCAAAGUUGUAAGAUAUUUAUUUUAGUCUCUGUACUUUUCUUUUUUUCCCUUUUAAAAACAUUAAAUUAUGUUUGUCUCUUA